AUGGCAGAGCACCGUCCACGCUGUGACCUUAAGGCCUGCUAUUUCCUGAAGCUAACUCUCUGCUUCCUGGUCUACGUGCUCUUUGGCACGGUGGUCUUCUCUGCUAUCGAGCAGCCUUGGGAGGUGCAGAUUAGGAAGGAGUUGGUCAAGAUGAAGUCCACGUUCUUACAGCAGCACGGCUGCAUCCCGGAGCCAGAGUUGGACACUCUUCUGCACAGGGUGAUCACCGCCAGCAAUUACGGCGUUUCGGCCUUGAGAAACGCUUCUGAUGACCGGAACUGGGACUUGGCCUCAUCACUCUUCUUUGUCAGUACGGUGCUCACCACCAUUGGUUACGGGCACAGUGUUCCCUUCACCAGUGGAGGCAAGGCCUUCUGUAUACUGUACUCAGUGUUGGGGAUUCCCAUCACCCUUCUCCUGCUCACCAGCGUGGUGCAGCACCUCAUGUUCUACGUGCACUGGGUGCCCAUCACGUACAUCCACACCCACUGGCGCCUGGCUAUGCCAGUGGUGGCCCGGAUCCAUGCCCUGGUAAUCGGCAGCGUGGUGGCUGGUUGCUUCUUCCUGAUCCCUGCGGCAGCGUUCACGGCUCUGGAGGAGGACUGGGAUUACGUCUCGUCUCUCUACUUCUGUUUCAUCUCCCUCAGCACCAUCGGCCUGGGGGAUUACAUGCCGGGCAAUUCCCGUUACCCCAGCCUUCGGAACCUCUACAAGGUCGGCAUCGCAUGCUACCUGGUGAUCGGACUGGUCGCUCUGCUAGUGGUUCUCGAGAGCUUCUAUGAACUCCAGGAGGUGCAGCGUUUUAUCAAAGUCAUCAUGGGUCACCCGGACAAGGAGGGACAACUGCGCAUCACCGAGCGUGAGGUAGUCAUCACCAGCUCAAACCUUGACACCACGGGCUGUGAGGAAAACACCAACGAGGGUGACAAAGUGGACAGGAGCGCCAAGAUGGCGGCUGAACCCUCCCCGGAGCAAUGA